UUUAGAGAGUCACGUGCUGUCGUGCGCGGCGCGCCGAGUCGCGUCGAACACUCUCACCACGACGGGAUCUGUAACCCCAGGCCAAGCCACUUGACAGACUUGACGGGACUCGCGACAAGCCCAGUCUACAACCGAUUUCCUCCCCAACAAAAAAUAACAGGCAACCAAUUGGGAAACUGUCAGCCACGAGCAUAUGACGGUAUCUACUUAAUUUUUAAGCGUUUCUUUUAGAGCUCUUUUGGCAUCUUUAACUCCUUUGCUCCUUUUGGGUCUUUCGUCUGGCACUUUGGCACUUAAGCACUUUGGCACUUUGGCAGCUUCUCACCAUGGUCCGGUCGUCGACCCGCUCGGCCAGCGCCAGCAAGGCUUCAGCUCUCGUCAAUAAGACAAAGACUGUCAUUGAAAAGUCCAAGGCGGCCGUGUCGGCCAAGACUUCUUUCGUAAACGGCGCCGCCAAGACGAAGCCCGCCGUGCAGGGGCCCACGGCUGCCAAGCGCAAAGCCGCGGCUCUGGCCGAAGACGUCAACUCGGGCCCGGACGACAAGGAAGAGGAAGAGAAGAAGAAGCCUGCCGCAAAGAAGCGCAACACUAGCAAGAAAGCCGCCGGCUCCAAACCCGACGACAUGCCGCUGGCGACUCGGACCGCCGUCGCGUCGCUGCCGCGCGCCGUGUUCAUAGGAGCUCAUGUCAGCGGCGCCGGCGGCGUGCAGAACUCCAUCUCCAACGCCGUCCAGAUCGGCGCAAACGCCUUUGCCGUCUUCCUCAAGAGCCAGCGCAGAUGGCAGAGCCUUGCGCUGGCCCCCGAGACCACGGCAGAGUUCCACGCCAUGCUCAAGCAGCACGGCUACGACGGGACGCAGCACAUCCUGCCGCACGGGUCCUACCUCAUCAACCUGGCGCAGGCAGACGCCGCCAAGGCCGACCAGGCCUACGGGAACUUCAUCGACGACCUCGAGCGGUGCGAGGCGCUGGGGAUCCGGCUGUGGAACUUCCACCCCGGCUCGACGGGUGGAGACAGCAUGGAGGCCGCGGUGGCGCGCAUCGCGGCGCAGCUUAACAAGGCGCACAAGGCGACCAAGUCGGUGGUGACGGUGCUGGAGAACAUGUGCGGCAGCGGCAACGUCGUGGGGUCGCGGUUCGAGGAGCUGCGCGACAUCAUCAACCUCGUCGACGACAAGAGCCGGGUCGGCGUGUGCAUCGACACGUGCCACGCCUUCGCCGCCGGCUACGACCUGCGGUCGCCCGACGCGUUUGCCGCCACGGUCGCCGAGUUCGACGACGUGGUCGGCCUCAAGUACCUGCGCGCCUUCCACCUCAACGACAGCAAGGCGCCGUUCGGCUCGCACCGCGACCUGCACGCCAACAUCGGGACGGGGUUCCUGGGGCUGCGCGCCUUCCACAGCAUCGUCAACCACGCGCCGUUCCAGAAUCUGCCCAUGGUGCUCGAGACGCCCAUCGACGAGAAGGGCCCCGACGGCAAGACGGUCGAGAACACGCAGAUCUGGGCCGACGAGAUCAAGCUACUCGAGGGCAUGAUCGGGCAGGACGCCGAGAGCGCCGAGUUCGAGGCCAGGGCAGCCGAGCUGCAGGCCAAGGGCACGGCCGAGCGGGCCAAGAUCCAGGACCAGGUGGACAAGAAGACCGAGAAGGACGCGAAGAAGGGGACCAGGGGCAAGAAGGCGGCGGCCAAGAAGAAGAAGGGCCAAGACUCGGAUUCGGAAGACGAUCACGGUCACAGUCACGGCCACGACAGCGAUUGAAGCGGGGGUUUGAUCUGUAACAAAAUAAUGAAAGGAUGUUGUUGUAUGCCGAAUCUGAUGCACUGGACACGGCAUCCGCUGUACGCGAGAGCCUGGAAAUAGCGGGAUUUUUGUAGUUUUGUUUGUUUAUUACUGACGAACAUCAUAAUUCCACAAGAGCCAGACAGGAAAUGGGAGAUCAGGAUGCACGACCAGGCAAAGAACCACUCAAGGAAGGCAUGUUAUGUACCUAGAACUAACCAAGAGAAGCACCUCUCAGAGGGGGGUCCGGCAGGACGAAUAAAAAAAUAUAUGCGAUGUAAUGC